CUGGGUGGUCCGACAUUCCAUGACAUGCGGCGGGGGACCGUCAGGGUCGAGUACUGCCCGAUCCUGGACCAAGUGGUCGUCCUGGAAGGAGAGCCGACAUCGCCACGCCUGUGCCGGCAGCGCUGUGCCCAACACCAAGACCGUCGCAGCCUGAAGUCGCGUACCAGUCUACCACCUUCGCCGCCAGUGCUGCAAAGAAUCUGUAUUCCGUUUGUGUCGACGGCCGCCAAGGCCCCGCUGCACCCCAUCACUCUGUCGUCCAGGUCACCGCGGCAACAGCAGAGUCGACCCCUUACAUCGAUCAUCGACACCCGAGCGCGUCCUGUCCCGACCUGCCGCUCACCACGUAUCAUCCGACCGCCCCUUCCCGAGUCGCCAUCCCCUUCCCGAGCCCCCCACAUGUCAGACCAGCCCUCCCGCGAAGACGAGUCGGAGACAAAGAAUCACAAUAAGGAGCUUCUGUGGCUGCAUCAUCGGUGGUUCAUCAAGCACGGAAAGCCCAGCAACAUGAAGGACGAGCGAGCUAGGAUGGUGCUCAUGCGGCGGUGGUUCGAGUUCCUCGACACGGAUGGGUCUGGCGAGAUCGGGCUCAACGAGCUCGAAGAUCCCCUUGUAUCGGUGGGGCUGGCCAAGUGCCGACUCGAUGUGCGCCAACUCAUUCAAACUGUGGACGACAGCGACAACGGCGAAGUCAACUUUGACGAGUUUCUCAGCAUGAUGCGCGGAAAGAAGAAAGUCGCGGCCAAGACACGGCCGCCGUUGAGCGCCCCGAAGCCGAAAGCUGCUGCGUCGGGAGCGCCGUCCCCUGGCUCGGACGAUUCGUGCCAACCAAGCCACACUGCUGCACAAAGCCCAACCCACGGUGGCGCAGAAGACGAAGAAGCGAAUUCUGUCGUCCGACUGUUUGCAGACCUCCAGCAAGGCAAGCUAGGCGACAUGACGCUGCCGUUUCCGAUCCUAAUCACAGCAUAUCGGCGGCGUAUGCUCUUGAAUGCACACAUGGCCCCGCUCGACUGCGAUCGGAGCCAAGGCCACUCAGUUCUAACAGCGCUCGAGGUGACACGGCGGGAGGCUGCGAUUCAGGAAGAGGAGGAUGCAAUCAUGCGAGAGAAGCAGCGCCAGCGACGAACGUCCAUCUCCCAUCUAGUCGGGGAUGUUCUUCGCCGAGAAGACGUCGUCAAGCCAACGAAUGUAGGGUUGAAGGCAGCUGUGUUGGACGAGGUCACAGAUACCAACGUCAGGGCGCCAGGAGCGCCAAGACAGCGACUUCGAUUGCCCGACUUGUUCGACUGAAGUCGAGCAGAAAAUUCUCUACCUGGAUGACUGUGAAAUGAACUUGUCCUGGCCACAUCGUCG